UAUUAAAGUGAUCCGGUCUCUCUGUCUUCUCUCAAGUUGUUCCAGAGCAUCCAACAUGUAGCUCCAACAGAGCAGAAGGUUUUUAGUUAUGAUUCUUCUCAUUCUUAUUCUUUUAAAUUAGGCACCAGCCUGUUGUCAAUCUCUGCUACUGUAUUAACCAGUGGACGUUUUGGGACCAUUGAUGGACUGCUAAUACUUUUUUCUUUGUUUUUUAAUUGUUUGUUUUGUUUUACCAGAGAGCAGUUUGUGGAAUCAUCAAACCUUCUGGCUUUUACACACUUCAUUUGACCCCACUUAAUCAACACACAGCAGAAUGGAGUGUGUUAGACUUCAUGGAAACUCCUCAUCUAACAGCUCAGCCCAUUCAGAGCUCCUUUCCCGGAGGGGUUACACAAUACUGGCCAUUAUCAUGGGUGUGUUUUCCAUGGUGGGGAUUAUUCUCAAUGUCCUGGUAAUUGUGGUGACAGCCAGACACAGAAAACUAAGGCAGCCACUCAGCUACGCCCUGGUUAACCUUGCUGUAUGUGAUCUGGGCUGUGCUGUGUUUGGAGGCCUGCCCACCACACUGAACAGCACCAUGGGAUACUUCAGCCUAGGACGUUUUGGUUGUGUGUUAGGGGGCUUUGCUGUUGCCUUUUUUGGUAUAGCAGGUCUGUGCACAAUAGCGAUCAUUUCUGUUGAACGCUACAUCAUAGUGUGUUAUCCCAUGGGCGCUGUCCUCUUCCAGACAAGGCAUGCCGUUGCAGGAGUGGUUCUGUCCUGGGUCUGGUCAUUUGUGUGGAACACCCCACCUCUGUUUGGAUGGGGUAGUUUUGAGUUAGAGGGUGUUAAAAUUUCCUGUGCUCCAGACUGGUACAGCCGUGACAUUGGGAACAUGUCCUACAUCAUCAUUUACUUCUCCCUGUGCUUUGCUGUGCCCUUCUUCACCAUCAUGGUGUCUUACUCACGACUUUUAUGGACUCUCCGCCAGGUCACUAAGCUGCAGGUAUCUGAAGACAGAAGCACUUAUCGUGUAGAGAUGCAGGUUGCACGCAUGGUGGUGGUGAUGGUAUUGGCCUUCUUGGUUACCUGGUUGCCUUAUGCUGCAAUGGCCCUUGCUGUCAUCAUGGACUCCAGCCUUUAUGUGGACCCUGUUAUUGCUACCAUACCUGUUUAUUUUGCUAAAAGCAGCACCGUCUACAACCCCAUUAUAUAUAUUUUCAUGAAUAGACAGUUUCGAAGCUAUGCUGUUUCUACUCUUCUGUGUGGAUGGAAACAAUGGCCCUCAGAACCACAAAUAUCUGAGGGGGACAACACCGGCAUUUCACUUAACAAGAGCAAAAAAGUCUCAGUGAAAGAAGCUUUAAAAGAAUGAAUGUGAAUACAAAUAUUCAUGUCUCAUUUGUGAGGCAGCUCAAGCUUGUCUGAUCUACUUUAAAACAUCAGCCAACCUCUGCAAAAGACUGCAAGGGCAAAAGACUUUCACAAAUCCAAACAAAAAUUUUCAUCCCGAUUUAGAUGCCAGAAAUGAAGAAAUGCUUGGUGACAGCCUUUUAAAAAAACUACAUGUGGAUUUAUGUGGAUUGCAGGUUGCAGGUUUUUCUCAGUAGAAAAUUUUACUGUAACUUCAGCAGGUUACUUAUUUUACAUGCAUCUACAUAUCCUGUCUUUUAAACUGUGAGCAUAUAACAUGCUGAAUAGUCCCUCUCCUUUUUAGCCUGGAGCCAGAUGGCAUUUUACUUCUUUUGAUUAGUC